AUGGAUCUUUCCGAUCUUCAUCACCUUUUCCAAAUGUUCGAUCACAAUGGUGACGGAAAGAUCACAAGACAAGAGCUAUCAAAGUCUCUUGAAAGCCUCGGGAUUGACAUUCCUGAUCCUGAUCUUGAACACAUGAUUGAUCAUAUCGACUCGGAUGGUGAUGGGAUGGUGGACAUAGAGGAAUUUGAGGUGUUGUAUAAGAUGAUAUUAAUGGAGGAGGAGAGGGACGAAGAAGAGGAUAUCAGAGAGGCGUUUAAUGUAUUCGACAAAAACGGAGAUGGGUUCAUUUCGGUUGAGGAGCUUCAAUCAGUGUUGAUGUCGCUUGGGUUGAGACAAGGUCAAACCAUCGAGGAUUGUCGACUCAUGGUUAAUAAGGUGGAUGUUGAUGGCGAUGGGAUGGUGGAUUAUAGAGAGUUCAGGCAAAUGAUGAAAGGUGGUGGCUUUGCCAACUUUGAAACCCUUUGA